ACUUUUGAAUGCGAAGUCAUUUUCCAUUUCAAUUGUGUAUCCCAGUAAUUAUUUUGUGAAAAAUCUACUUUUUGUAAAACUUAUAGAGAAGACAUUUUUUAUCAUCAAAAAGAGUGCCGCUUCAGGUUAAAGAAGGAAAAAUGAACUAUGUAGAAGAAAACUUUACACUAAAAUUAGAUGCCGAUGAUGAGAACAACAAUAAAAUUGAUACAGAUCGUCGAAAAACAACCAUAACCCGACAAAGAAAAUUAGCACCGGAAUCCAGUGAAGAAGGGCUGUCUCAAAUAAUACAACAAGAUGACUUAAUUUUUAAGUUGAAGAAUGGAAACAAAAAUCUGCGACAGACUUUCCAAGAUUAUAAAGAAACGAUGGAUGCCUGUCUUCAUGGAAAAAACGAACUUUUAUCAAAGUACGUCCGGUAUGUAGAGGAAAUCCUGGAAAAACUAACGAUUGUUAACACUCGAUUGGCUGAGAAUAAGGCGAGGAAUAAGAGUUUAAAUGCAAAAUAUUUGAAUGAAAUUGGGACACUUAAACUGAAAAAUAUAAUUCUAAAGGGAGAGUUAGCUAAAGAAAAAGCAGAAAAUAUGGGAAUUUAUCCACCAUAUCAAGGAAGGUAUCAAUCAUCAGACAAUGGUAUAGCUCAACAAUUUAUAUCGUCUACCGCAAGUGAAGAAAAUUGUCUAAACUCAGACACAACCACCACUUCAGAUUUAGAAUCCGCAAAACUAUUCGAAUCUGACUCGGAGUCUCGUAAAAAAAUUAAUAGACAGCGUUUAAGGAAGAAAGGGACAACAAAACGAAUAUCAACCGAGAUUUAUUCUUCAUAUAAAUGUGGUAUAUGUAAAAAGAGGAUAAAUUCCAGAGCUAUAUUAUACAGUCACAUGAUUCAAGUACACAGAAAGAACAAUUACAGGUACAAUUAUUGUUUCAACAUGUUUAAGGCCCUUUACCAGCAUUGCAUGCAUUUGUAUCAUACUCACAAUAAAAGCAACGUUCGAAGAAUUGAUGGCCUCGUUAAAAAGUGCAUACCACGUUCUAGGAUGUAAUUGGAUACUAUCUUCAUAAAAACAGAAGUACAAUUAUAUAGUAAGAAUAAACUGCAGAAGUUGUAAAAUAAAAACAAUUUUCAGUGCCGCUAAGUAAUUUUGUAGUGCAGUAAGAAGAAUAAAAAAAACUUCAUUUUCAAAA